UUUAAAUUUAAAUUUUAAUGUGUCUGUGGCCAUGAUGAGGUUUUGGUGGAUGUUCGUUUUGUUCGCGAAAACUGCUUCGGCCAGUGACAACGAGUUGCCGGAGUCUGAGGCUGGAAAAGAAUCCCGUUUCCUCCCACUCUACGAAGUGAAGAAGUUCGACCGGCCAAUAGGACCAGGGGGUUUACCCCCUCUCACCACAGUACCAAUAGCGGGGGAGCGAUGUUCGCAGAGACUAGAGUCUGCGCUGGACCAGAUGAAGAGACGAAAGAGGAACCAACCAAAGACCUUGGAUACUCCUGCGAGUCAAAGUAUCGAUCUCAACGGCUACAGCCUGUACCAGCAAAUGCGCAGCGCUCCAGUGGACAUGUAUGUCACUAGGAUGCGCGUGCGACUCCCUCAGAACGCAAACUGGGUUCGCGUGGAAAAAUGCUACUUCGACCCUCGAAACGUUUCUUUAGACACCAUGCUGCUAUUCCACGAUAUAACCAUAAGCGGGAACGUUGACCUAUUCGAUGCAAACGAGUUAGACCGGAAUGUACCCCCAAGCAGAAGAUCAAGGCACUACGCUGAUAGAAGAUAUGACGCACCAUAUCCAGAUGAAUACAGACACAGAAAAGGUAAUGGUUGCAACAUGAUUCUAAGACUCCGCAAAGCAGGAAUAGGCUUCCAUACGCGACCUUUACACCAGCAACCUGGAAAAUUUAAUGUAAAAACUGACUCGGAAUUCGUUGAGCCAGGUUUCAUAAGCGUCUACGCUUAUGGUUGCGAGAGAUAUAUUAAUAGGAACUCUGUUAGAAACAAGGAUAAUUUACCAUUGAGGAGGAAAAAGAGGUCUGAUGAGUUUACGUUCGAUCCUCAUUUAAAUCAGCCAGAGGAACACGAUAGUCGGAGUUCGGAUAAUAGUUGGAACACAGUGUACGAGCCUCGAAGUAGAGUGAACUAUGAAAGAAGCAAGCUCUUCAGGCCUGAUGAUGACUUGGACGAGGUUGAAGACAUUUCUAGAGAAAUGGAGGAUAUUUUCACUAAAGGGAUAAGGACUUUGCUGACGACUUAUAUGAAGAAAGAGCUGCAGCCCGCGAUCAAAGAUACUUUGAUGAGGAAUAUGGGUUAUGUGAUAUCGUAUGGUUAA